UUCAUCUGCUUCAUAUUCAGUUCACUGUGCCAAAUACUUCUAGUUCACUAACCGUUAACUACUUCAGUCUGUGGCUCCAUCACAACUUUCUGGAAUGAAGAUGAUGAAUUUUCUUUUUGGGGUUAUUCUCGGACUUGUUACUGUUGUCCACUCAACACCUAUUCAUACUAUGACCCAGGAUGAGGUUUACAGAGAAGCCAUAACGGACGGGUACCUCAUCAAUCACGUUUUUCUAACCUCUUUCACAACUGAAUCACCCAAAAGAGAUGUGACCAUUCAAACAUCCCAGCAGCCAUCCUCUAAGUCCGAAGAGAGUGACAUGAACGAGGGCAGUGGCAGUGGGGACACCGCGACGUCCUUUCUCCAACCUGAAGUUAAAAAGUUUGCAGCCACAACUCUGGAAGUUUCACAUGAUCAGAGCUCUGCCUCCAUACUGUUGCCAAGGGACACUGAUGAAGGGUCUGGAGAUGCAGGGAUUCUUUCCCAGUACCUCACUACAAGUUCCAGUAUGACCGCUACGUCAAGCACAGGAACUGACGCUGCACCAAAACUCCCGUUUGAUGAAGGCUCAGGAUCAGUCUUAGAGAGUGACAUUCGCAUUGAAAGCCGAAUGGGGGUUUUCAAUGCUCCAUCACAAGAUAAAGUUCAAGAAUUUCAGCCUUCGUCACCCCAGAACGCAGAACACGGUACACCAGGUUGGAUUAUCAUCGUUGGUUUUGUUGUUGGUCUCGCAGCACUGGUAAUACUCUGUGUUGCCAUCGCUACCAGAGACAAGUGGAAGGGACCAAAACAAGCCACCCAGCUAGAGACCAAAACUAACUCCUCAAACCAGCAGAGGGAGCUGGAGAUGGAGACUUUCCUGCACAAAGACAAGCCCAAGGAGAAUGGAAAGGUGGCAGAGUACACAGUCAUUCCCCUGGAUGAGUUUCCAGGGAAUUAUUCAUCACACUGAGGUUCAGAAAGAGACCCUCUGGAGGCUUGAAACUCAUCACAGAACCGGACUGAAGCAGAUGAAUUUGAUCAGAGGAACAAAACAGUCGAGGCUGUUGAGCUAAAGAUUUCUGUGAAGUUUCACAGCUCUGGGCCCAGUCUGAACAAGAAUCAUGGCCAGGUUUUUCUAUCUGACUUUCAAACGCUUUCUAUCAUAACACGUAACACAUCACAUACUUACUUUCGAACUGCACCAAUAUUUUGGCUAAUGUAUUUAUUGCCAUAUUAAUUCUUACAUUAACUGUAAUACAAAAAUGGCCAAGUAAGAUGCACAAAUGUCGUUUAUUUCAAACAGAGCCGAAAAGUCUUUACAGUGUUUUAUUUCUUAUUUCAUUUCAUUGUAAAUAAUUUAUAUUUUCAUAACUAACAGGUCUGUUAGUGACAAAAAACGUCCUGUGUGGUGAAUUUCUUCUUUUUAAGUGUCUUUGUUGUAAUAUUAUUUUAAAUCUCUAUUCACUAAUAUUAUUCAACACUGUGUUGUAGAUUGUAACUUAUUUUAAGUCACUCUGUAUUCCCCACAUUUAUUGUGGAAGCUCUGUACUGAACAGUGCUCAACCCGCUAACUGAGAAGCCUCUCUUGACAACCUAUGCAGCACUUCAGCUGAAGUGACAUUCACUUACUGAAUGUUCAUAUGCUGUAUCACAUCCGCCCUGUGAGAAAUAAACACAACGGCAGCUCAUCAAUAAACAUUUAUUUGUUUCCAUUCAUGUUUACACACAAGUAUUAAAACAUUUACAGACUUUCA